AUGAGUGUCACCUGGUGGCUGCAUAGGAAGAUGGCGCAGUUACUCGUCGUGAGAUGCGGUGCCGAGGCCGAGAUUUACCUAGAGAUGGCCAUGCGUAGUUACUAUCGGGGUAAGGUUUGUUACCGGGAGGUUGACCUUUUGGAGACUAUUCCCCCUCCCGUAUUUGAAAAACAUAUGGGGGAACUCACUGAACUGCUCUUAACAGAAGGUGGAAGUUCAAGUUCUAGCAGACCUACCUCACCUUCCCAACUGGUUGUUAGGGCCAUUUUCUCAGCUCGUUUUCUGGCCUCUACUUUUGCUGAUAUUCAUGUGGUGGUUCAAGCAGGAAAAGAGACCGAAUCUGAUAACAUGGGCCUCCGUCCUCAUAAGAUGUGCAACACGGUGUCCGUACCCAAGCUUCAUGGUGAUAUCAGGGAUGUUCUUGGCGAUAAGUUUCCUAUGCCUGGGCAGAAAGAGAUAGUGGUGGGCGAAGGUCGGCCGAGAUCGGACGCGUGGCAGCAGGAGAAGCGAGGGGCUCCGGGUGGCCUCGCAUGCGAGAGGCCAGCCAGGCUCAGAAGGACACGCGGCUCGUGCGAGAGCUCGCCACUGAAGCCAAACGUGUCGUCAGCUGAUUGGACCGAAGCUCGGAUACGUGAGGAUCGACGACAAAUUGCCUUAGGCAAAACCUUUUGA